AUGUCUGCUGGAACAAAGGAAGAUGAGCUGCCAGUAGUGUGGAAACCUAGCUGGCAGCUCAAGUGUAUAUUCGCCGUCGUCGGUUUAUUAAACUUUGUCGCUGCUCUUGAUGCGACGUCUGUCUCAGUCUCUCUGCCGACUAUCUCCCAUGACCUUGGCGGCACAGCAACCCAAGCCUUCUGGGCUGGAACAUCCUUUCUAGUCACAUCAUGUGUAUUCCAACCCGUCUUCUGUCUCGCAUCUGAGAUCUUCGGCCGCAAAUAUAUUCUGUUUCUUGCUGUGGUUGCAUUCACAGUCGGCUCAAUUCUCGCCGCCGUUGCACAUGCCUUCACCCUGCUACUCGUUGGCCGCUCGAUCCAGGGUGUCGGCGGAGGAGGUAUAAUGGCACUCACGGAGGUACUCAUCGCGGAUCUGGUUCCUUUAAGGGAGAGAGGUAAAUGGUUCAGUAUUCGAUCUGGAACAUGGGCCUUGGGGACAGUUACUGGUCCCUUGAUCGGCGGCGCCUUCACACAGUCGGCUGCGUCUUGGAGAUGGAUCUUUUGGAUCAACCUGCCCUUCUGCGGACUCGGGCUAGUCUUGGUUCCUAUCUUCCUGAAACUGCAAAGAGCCCCAAUUCCGCUACGAGAGAAUCUUGCCAAAGUCGAUUACAUUGGGAUCGUCUUGUUUGUAGCCUCCUUGGCUUCAAUCUUGAUCCCACUUACUUGGGGCGGCAUCAUGUACCCUUGGAACUCGUGGCAUACUCUCGUUCCUCUGCCACUCGGCGUGGCUGGCCUAGUUGGCUUCGCUGUCCAUGAGAAAUUCGGCGCUGCUCAGCCUCUAGUACCGCUCGUUAUAUUCAACAACAUCACCCAGUCCGUCACCUACGCGGGCACAUUCCUUCACGGCAUGAUCCUUUGGGCCAUUGUCUACUACCUGCCACUGUACUAUGAAGGAGCCCUCGGUUACAGUCCUGUUAUCUCCGGGUUGGCUCUAUUCCCCGAGUCUCUAACAGUAGCGCCCAUCUCGGUGAUUAUCGGUAUCAUCGCCGCCAAGGUCGGAAGCUACAGGUGGGCCAUAUGGUCUGGAUGGCCAAUUACAGCCCUGGGCAUUGGCCUAAUGUGUUAUUUGGAUGCGAAGUCUAGCAUUCCCCAGUGGGUAUUCAUCAAUUUGGUGGUUGGCAUUGGGCUGGGUAUCCUCUAUCCUACUGUUAUGCUCGCCGUCCAAGCCGCCGCAGAUCCAGAAUACCUGACCAUUUCUGUUACCAUGACACCUUUCUUCCGAGUUCUUGGGCAAGCAGUUGGUGUCGCAGUCGGAGGCGUGGUAUUCCAGAACCGCAUUAAACUUGAGUUUGGGCACUACCCAGAGCUUGGCCGUUCGGCAGCUACGUACGCACAAGAUGCAUCUAGCCUGGUGCAGUAUAUCAAGACCCUGCCAAGGGAUGGCGCGGAGCGGGAAUUGAUUGAAAUGUUAUAUGCAAAGUCUCUGACCAUCGUCUGGGCUGUGAUGUGCGGGGUUGCGGGACUGGGUAUGGUUACAGCGAUUUUCACCAAGGACUAUACUUUGAAUCAGGCUUUUACCUCUAAGCAAGGGCUCGAAAAGUCGCCUUCUCCUGGAGCUAAGGCUGAUCCAUCCACGACUCCACUAGAGGAAGGCCAAAGUGAUGUGCAGUGA